UUCAAACACAAGCAAGACCACUCAACAGAACUCGUCUGGGUACGGACUGAAAGCAGAGUGAUUUCAACCAGUCUCAGCGGCAUUUUCCAUAUCCGCUGGAGAUCAAAGUUCAAUCAGAAAAUCGAAUCAAUUCAGGAAAAACAAGCUGCUUUAAAAGAAAUGGCAGAGCCAAGAGAUUUACUGGGUCAGGACCAGUUCGGCUGUUCGAUCUGUCUGGAUCCACUGAAGGAUCCAGUGACGAUUCCCUGUGGACACAGUUAUUGUAUGGGCUGCAUCAAGGGCUACUGGGAUCAGGACGAUCAGAGAAAACCUUACUGCUGUCCUCAGUGCAGAGAAACCUUCAGUCCUAGACCCCUGUUAAAGAAGAACACGCUCAUGGCUGAGAUGAUGGAGAAACAGAAGAUGACUCGACCAAAGGCCUCGUCGCCCGUUAAAAGCCGUGAAUACGUGGAGUGUGACAUUUGCACUGAGGAUAAAAACAAAGCUGUUCAGUCCUGUCUGCAGUGUCUGGCCUCUUUCUGCGAGUCUCACAUCCAGCCUCACUAUGAGUCUCCAGCUUUCAGGAGACACAAACUGGUCAGUGCCUCCACACACCUGCAGGAGAACAUCUGCCAACGCCACGGGAAACUUCUGGAAGUUUACUGCAAAGAUGACCAGACGUGUAUCUGUUAUCCGUGUGUGAUAUGCGAACACAAAGGACAUGACACAGUUCCAGCUGAAUCCAUGUGGACUGAUAAACAGGAGGAGCUGAAGGCGGCACGGAGGAAGUGUCAAGACAGACUCCAAGAAAAAAUAGAGGAGAAGGAGGUGUUGAAACAGGCCGUAGAUAGUUUGAAGUGCUCCGGUCACAUCGCAGUGGAGGACAGCGAGAGGAUCUUUACUGAGCUGAUCGACUCCAUUGAGAGGAGGCGCAGGGAGGUGAGGGAGCUGAUCAGAGCUCAGGAGAAAGCUGAGUUGAGCUGGGCAGAAAGACUCUUGGAGCGACUGGAGCAAGAAAUCGCUGAGCUACAGGCGAGAAGCGGUGAACUGGAGAAGCUUUCGCAAAUAGACGAUAAAAUCCAAUUUUUACAGAAGUUCCACCCACCCGUGUAUAAAGAUUCCACCAGAAUCAAAAUGAAUCUACGCAUCUCUUUUGACCCUGUGACAAAAUGUGUUUCUGAACUGAAUGCUCAAAUGGAGGAUGUGUUCCGAGUGAUGAUAGACAAGAUAUCCCGAAAUGUACCGCAUAUCCGGAUAGCCGAGCGGCCUCAGCCCACAAAGAGAGAAGAGUUUUUGCUCUAUUCUACUCAGCUGACUGUGGACACAAACACGUCCCACAGGACGCUCUGUUUUUCAGAGGGGUACAGGAAAAUUACAAAUAAAGGAGUGAUACUGGCGUGUCCCGACUGUCCGGAGAGAUUCGACGGCUAUCCCAACGUCUUGUGUAAAGGGGGCCUUUCCGGACGUCAUUACUGGGAGGCUGAGUGCAGCGGUCGAGAAGUGACCAUAGCGGUCUCGUACAAAGGGAUCAGGAGGAAAGGAAGGGGCAGCGACUGUCGGUUUGGAUACAACAGUCAGUCCUGGAGAUUACACUGCUCUCCUUCCAGGUGUUAUUUCAGACACGGUAACCGUCAGACUGAAAUCCCUCUGCCCGGCUCCUCGAGGAUAGGCGUGUAUCUGGAUCACAGCGAAGGAAUCCUGUCCUUCUACAACGUCUCUGACGGAAUGACCCUCCUCCACAGAGAGCAGACCACAUUCUCUGAGCCUGUCUACCCCGGGUUUGGCAUUGCUACUGACUCAGCAGUAACACUGUAUGAGCUAUAGAUACCAAAGAGGAGAGGAGAGGGAAAAAAAUGUAUUCCAAACCAAUGUCGGGAGGCCAGGAACCUGACUGGAAAGGCAUUUUGUUCAAAAUGCAACACGAUUAUGCCAGUGAGGCAGAACUGUGAAUUAGGAACUGGGGGAAAAUACUGCUUUGCAUUAUGAUUGUAAUUUUUAAAAGGAAACUGUGCCUCAUGACUUAUGGUCACAGUGAAGUAUUAAAAUUGUAGGGACCUGUGCUUAAUGAAUUCCUAUAUGCUGUAAAAUGUGCCUGUGUGUUAGAGCAAUGAACAUUUAUCAUGUAGAAGACAAGGCCUCUAAGUGAACUGUAUAUCUGUACCACUCUGGAAGCAAACACUAAGAAUCCCGUGCUCCGUGACAAAAGUUAGCGCCUAAACCCCCGCACGUGUCCUUGCACUUGCUUGUCUUACUGUAUAAAAAGCUCUGUGCUCCGUAACCUUGGAGAGAACUGCGCUUUAUCUCUGAGGCGUGCUUCUCCCAUGAGCAUGAAAUAAAGACCGA